AAUCCAAUUUAUUAUAAAUCUCAGAUCCAAGCAAGAAAAUCAAAGGCUGCCCCAUCUACUAUCUAAGGUUGGUCAAAGAGUGUUGAGUCGACAGUGAAAGAAAGUAAAAGCGAGAAGGGAAUGUGGUUUCUGUUCGUGUGCGCCGACGAGGAAGAGAGGGAGUUGGGCAGGCAGCAAGCUCCUGGAUCAUGUCCUCACUGUGCAGGUAAAGUGCAGGCCUUGGACGUCGAGAGACAGUGGAAGUUCUGUUUCCUCCCCAUAUGUUUCAAGGUCAAGAGGAAAUAUAUCUGUACUCUGUGUUCCAGGCGCUUGGAACUCUGUAUUACUAGCUAGUUCCGGAACCUAAAUAACUAUAUAGCUAGCGCCAAAACCCAGAAGAAGAGCUACUUUUGCUGCUGAGGAUGAGUCUGUCGAUGCUUCACUCGCUCGAGGAAAC